CUGCUUAGUUAGUGCUAAUGUGCUGACACAUCCAGCAGGUAAAGUUACCUAAAAUUCUCUGCAAAAAUGUUGGGACUUUUCAUUAAAUCAUAGAAAAUUUACAGGUUUUCUCUUGGGAGCCAAAGAUAUUUUAAAGAAGAAUCGAUAUUUUGCUUCUCCAGUUGAACAUUUUCUAGCAAUAAAAGCCAUGCAAAUAGAGUUCUCCACCUGCUUCUUUCUGUGCCUUUUGCCACUCAGCUUUAGUGCCACCAGAAGAUACUACCUGGGCACAGUGGAACUGUACUGGGACUAUAUGCAAAGUGAACUGCUCAGUGAGCUGCACCUGGAUACGAGGUUUCCUCCUAGAGCACCAAGAUCUUCUCCAUUCAACACCUCAGUCAUGUACAAAAAGACUGUGUUUGUAGAAUUCACAGAUCACCUUUUCAACAUUGCCAAGCCCAGGCCACCAUGGAUGGGUCUGCUGGGUCCUACCAUCCAGGCUGAGGUUCAUGACACAGUGGUCAUUACACUUAAGAACAUGGCUUCUCAUCCUGUCAGUAUUCAUGCUGUUGGUGUAUCUUACUGGAAAGCUUCUGAAGGUGCUACAUAUGAUGAUCAGACGAGCCAAAUGGAGAAGGAAGAUGAUGAAGUCAUUCCUGGUGAAAGUCAUACAUAUGUCUGGCAGGUCAUGAAAGAGAAUGGUCCAAUGGCCUCUGACCCACCAUGUCUAACCUACUCAUAUCUUUCUCAUGUGGAUCUGGUGAAAGACCUGAAUUCAGGCCUCAUUGGAGCUCUUCUGGUUUGUAGAGAAGGGAGUCUGUCCAAAGAAGGGACACGGACCCUCCAUGAAUUUGUACUCCUUUUUGCUGUUUUUGAUGAAGGGAAAAGUUGGCACUCAGAAACAAAUGGCUCCCUCACACAGGCUAUGGAUCCUGCGUCUGCUUGGGCCAGCUCUGAAAUGCAUACAGUCAACGGCUACAUAAAUAGGUCUCUGCCAGGUCUGAUUGGAUGUCACAAGAAGUCAGUCUAUUGGCAUGUGAUUGGAAUGGGCACCACUCCUGAAGUGCACUCAAUUUUCCUCGAAGGUCACACAUUUCUUGUGAGGAACCAUCGCCAGGCCUCCUUGGAGAUAUCACCAAUAACUUUCCUUACUGCUCAGACACUCCUGAUGGACAUUGGCCAGUUUCUACUGUUUUGUCACAUCUCUUCCCAUCAACAUGACGGUAUGGAAGCAUAUGUCGAAGUGGACAGCUGCCCAGAGGAGCCCCAAGUACGGAUGAAAAAUAGGGAAGAAGAGGAAGCUUACGACGAUCUGUACGACUCUGACAUGGAUGUAGUCAGCUUUGUUGAUGACAGUUCUCCCUUUAUCCAAAUCCGCUCAGUUGCCAAGAGGCAUCCUAAAACUUGGGUGCACUAUAUUGCUGCUGAAGAGGAGGACUGGGACUAUGCACCCUCUGUCCUUACCUCCAAUGACAGAAGUUAUAAAAGUCUCUAUUUGAACAAUGGUCCUGGGAAGAUCGGUAGGAAGUACAAAAAAGUCCGAUUUAUGGCAUACACAGACGAAACUUUUAAGACUCGUGAAGCUAUUCAGUAUGAAUCAGGAAUCCUGGGGCCUUUACUUUAUGGAGAAGUUGGAGACACACUGUUGAUUAUAUUUAAGAAUCAAGCAAGCAGACCAUAUAACAUCUACCCUCAUGGAAUCAGUGAUGUCAGUCCUUUGCAUUCAGGGAGGAUGCCAAAAGGUGUGAAACAUUUGAAAGACAUGCCAAUUCUACCAGGAGAGAUAUUCAAAUAUAAAUGGACAGUGACUGUAGAAGAUGGGCCAACUAAAUCAGAUCCUCGAUGCCUAACCCGAUACUACUCAAGCUUCUUUAAUCCAGAGAGAGAUUUAGCUUCUGGACUCAUUGGCCCUCUCCUCAUCUGCUACAAAGAAUCUGUAGAUCAAAGAGGAAACCAGAUGAUGUCAGACAAGAGAAAUGUCAUUCUGUUUUCUGUAUUUGAUGAGAAUCAAAGCUGGUACCUCACAGAGAAUAUGCAGCGCUUCCUCCCCAAUGCAGAUGGAGUGCAACCCCAGGACCCGGAGUUCCAAGUCUCCAACAUUAUGCACAGCAUCAAUGGCUAUGUUUUUGAUAGCUUGCAGCUGUCAGUUUGUUUGCAUGAGGUGGCAUACUGGUACAUUCUAAGUGCUGGGGCACAAACUGACUUCCUCUCUGUCUUCUUCUCUGGAUAUACCUUCAAACACAAAAUGGUCUAUGAAGACACACUUACCCUAUUCCCUUUCUCAGGAGAAACUGUCUUCAUGUCAAUGGAAAACCCAGGUCUGUGGGUUCUGGGGUGCCACAACUCGGACUUUCGGAACAGAGGCAUGACAGCCUUACUGAAGGUUUCUAGUUGUGACAGGAACACUGGUGAUUAUUAUGAGGACACAUAUGAAGAUAUUCCAACCUCUCUGCUGGAUGAAAACAAUGCCAUUGAACCUAGAAGCUUCUCUCAGAAUUCAAAACACCCUGACACUAGGCAAAAGCAAUUAAAAGCCACCACGACUCCAGAAAAUGACAUACAGAAGAUUGACCCUCAGUCUGGAGAGAAAACACAGCUGCUUAAAGUACAAAGUGUCUCCUCUAGUGGUUUGCUGAUGCUCUUGGAACAGAAUUCUACUCCACAUGGAUUAUCCUUAUCUGAUCUGCAAGCCACAUAUAAGGCUGACAAUCCUUUACCUGGAGCAAUAGAACGAAACAAGACCCCAUCUGAAGUGGCACGCUUUAGACUAGAGCUCCGUCACGGUGAGGACGGAGUAUUUACUCCUGAGCCAGAGGUGCAACUAAGAUUAAAUGAGAAUCUGGGGACAACUAUAACAGUAGAGUUGAAUAAACUUGAUUUAAAAUUUUCUAGUUCAUCAAACAAUCUGACAAUUCCAUCAGACAAGAUUGCAGCAGGUACUGAAAAGAUGAUAGGUUCCUUAGGACCCUCAAAUAUGGCGGCUCAUUUUAGUAGCCAGUUAGGCAUCACUGUAUUUGACAAGAAUUCAUCUAAUCUUAUUGGGUCUGGUGUACCUUUGGGUUCAAGUAAAGGGGAUAAUGAUUCCAAGUUGUUAGAUGCAGCUUUAAUGAAUAGUCAGGAAAUCUCACUGGGAGAAAAUGUGUUAUCAGUGGAGAGUGAUAGGUUAUUUAAAGAGGAAAGAGUUCAUGGGUCUGUUUCAUCAACCAAAGAUAAUGCUUUAUUCAAAGUUAAUAUCUCUUUGGUAAAGACAAACAAGGCACCAAUUAACUCAACAACUAAUAGCAAGACUUACACUGAUGGCCCAACAUUAUUGAUUGAGACCAGUACAUCAGUCUGGCAAGAUUUUGUAUUAGAAAGUAAUACUGAGAUUGAAGAAAUGACUUCUUUGAUUUCCAAUGAAACAUUUGUGGACAGUACUACAGCUCUGGGGCUUAAUCAUGUAUCAAAUAAAACUACUUCAUCAAAAAAUAUGGAAAUGGUCCGCCAAAAAGAAAUGGGUGCAGAAAAUCCAGAUAUAUCAUUCUUCAAGAUGCUAUUCUUGCCAGAUUCAGAAAAAUGCAUAAAAAAGACCUAUGACAAAAACUCCUUAAGCUCUGGGCAAAGGUCCAAUCCAAAGCAAUUAACACCUUUAGGAUCAGAAAAAUCUGUGAAAAAUGAGAAUUUCUUGUCAGAGAUGAGUAAGGUGGUAGUAGGAGAGGAUGAAUUUACAAAGGGCACAGGACUCAAAAAGAUGAUUUUUCCAAACAGCAAGAGCAUAUUUCUUACUGAUUUGGCUAAUGUCCAAGAAAAUCACACACACAGUCAAGAAAAAAUAUCCCAGGAAGAAAUAGAAAGGAAGGAAAAAUUAAUCCGAGAGACUGUAGUUUUGCCUCAGGUGUAUACAGUGACUGGCACUAAGAAUUUCCUGAAAAACCUUUUCUUACUAACCACUAAGCAAUAUGUAGAAGGUUUAGAUGAAGGAACAUAUACUCCGAUACUUCAAGAUACCAGAUCAUUAAAUAAUUCAGCAAACCAAAAAGGGGCUGGAAGGUUGUACUCUCAAAAGCUAUCAAAACUGAUCUCAAAACGCCACCAGAGGGACAUAACCCUUCCUACUCUUCAGCCAGAGGAAGACAAAAUUGACUAUGAUGAUAUCUUCUCAUAUGAAACAAAGAGAGAAGAUUUUGACAUUUAUGGCGAGGAUGAAAAUCAGAAACCCCGCAGUUUUCAAAAGAGAACACGACACUAUUUUAUUGCUGCCGUGGAGCGGCUCUGGGACUAUGGGCGGAGUAGCCCCCCUCCCGCACUGAGAAACAGGGCUCAGAGUGGAGGUGUCCCUCAGUUCAAGAAGGUGGUUUUCCAGGAAUUUACUGAUGGCUCCUUUACUCAGCCCCUAUACCGUGGAGAACUAAAUGAACAUUUGGGACUCUUGGGGCCAUACAUAAGAGCAGAAGUUGAAGACAAUAUCAUGGUAACUUUCAAAAACCAGGCCUCUCGUCCUUAUUCCUUUUAUUCUAGCCUUAUUUCUUAUGAGGAUGAUCAGCAGCAAGGACCCCAACCUAGAAAAAAGCUUGUCAAGCCUAAUGAAACUGAAAUUUACUUUUGGAAAGUGCAACAUCACAUGGCGCCCACUAAAGAAGAGUUUGACUGCAAAGCUUGGGCUUAUUUUUCUGAUGUUGAUCUGGAAAAGGAUGUGCACUCAGGCUUGAUUGGGCCCAUUCUGAUCUGCCGCAGUAACACGCUGAACCCUGCUCAUGGGAGACAAGUGACAGUGCAAGAAUUCGCUCUGUUUUUCACUAUUUUUGAUGAGACCAAGAGCUGGUACUUCACUGAAAACAUGGAAAGGAACUGCAGAGCUCCCUGCAAUAUCCAGAUGGAGGACCGCACUUUUCAAGAAGAUUAUCGCUUCCAUGCAAUCAAUGGCUAUGUGAUGGAUACACUGCCUGGCUUAGUAAUGGCUCAGGAUCAAAGGAUUCGAUGGUAUCUGCUCAGCAUGGGCAGCAAUGAAAACAUCCAUUCUAUUCAUUUCAGUGGACAUGUGUUCACUGUACGGAAAAAAGAGGAGUAUAAAAUGGCAGUGUACAAUCUUUAUCCAGGCGUUUUUGAGACGGUGGAAAUGUUACCAUCCAAAGCUGGAAUCUGGCGGGUAGAAUGCCUUGUGGGCGAGCACCUACAAGCUGGGACAAGCAGUCUCUUUCUGGUGUACAGCAAGGAGUGUCAGACUCCACUGGGAAUGGCUUCUGGACACAUUAGAGAUUCUCAGAUUACAGCUUCAGGACAAUAUGGACAGUGGGCCCCAGAGCUGGCCAGACUUCAUUAUUCUGGAUCAAUCAAUGCCUGGAGCACCAAGGAUCCCUUUUCCUGGAUCAAGGUGGAUCUGUUGGCACCAAUGAUUAUUCACAGCAUCAUGACCCAGGGUGCCCGUCAGAAGUUCUCCAGCCUCUACAUCUCUCAGUUUAUCAUCAUGUAUAGUCUGGAUGGAAAGAAGUGGCAGAGUUAUCGAGGGAAUUCCACUGGGACCUUAAUGGUCUUCUUUGGCAAUGUGGAUUCAUCUGGAAUAAAACACAAUAUUUUUAACCCUCCAAUUAUUGCUCAAUACAUCCGUUUGCACCCAACGCAUUACAGCAUUCGCAGCACUCUUCGCAUGGAAUUGAUGGGCUGUGAUUUAAACAGUUGCAGCAUGCCGCUGGGAAUGGAGAAUAAAGCAAUCUCAGAUGCGCAGAUUACUGCCUCAUCCUACUUAAACAGUAUGUUUGCCACCUGGUCUCCUUCACAAGCACGACUUCAUCUCCAGGGGAGGACUAAUGCGUGGAGACCCCGGGUGAAUAAUCCAAAAGAGUGGCUGCAAGUGGACUUCCAGAAGACAAUGAAAGUCACAGGAAUAACCACACAGGGGGUGAAGUCUCUUCUUACCAGCAUGUAUGUGAAGGAGUUCCUCAUCUCCAGUAGUCAAGAUGGCCAUAACUGGACUCCAUUUCUCCAGAAUGGCAAAGUAAAGGUUUUUCAGGGAAAUCAAGACUCUUUCACAUCUGUGGUGAAUCCUCUUGACCCGCCGCUACUGACCCGCUAUCUUAGAAUUCACCCCCAGAGCUGGGCCCACCAGAUUGCCUUGAGGCUGGAAGUAAUGGGCUGCGAGGCACAGCAGCUGUACUGAUUACCCUUCACUCCCCAGUUCACCUCCCCGUCAACUCUGGGCCCAGGCCAUUCUCGAACUCCAGUCCAGCAUCCUUCUCAGUCUCGCCUUCUACCUGAGUCUGGCCUCCAGGUGCCUUCCGGCUCCACAUUUUCCUAUGUAUUUUAACUGUACAAUCCUAGCAAACAUUGCCCUGAAGCCUUCCAAAUGAACCGUCAUGAAUGCUUGCCGAUUUGCUGCAGCUGCUCCCAGACGGGUCCUUUCUUCCAAUGAAAUUAGGCAAAAAGAAAUGAGGAAACCCAUCUGGAAAGCAUUCUCCUCCUGACAAGUCACAUCUCACACAGCUCCCACUUGCUCCUCUAUGGGAAAAACUGUGUUUAAAGUUGGCUGAAGAUAUUUAUGAUGUAAGCAUUUCAGAUUAUGCUCCAUAUACUUAAAAUGAAACUCUCACUUAUUCAUUAUCCUGGUCAAGCAUGUAACAAAACAUGUUUGGUGAUCAUAUCACCAUAGCCUUGAAGUUAAAAGGCAAGUCAUUUUAAUAGUCUGCAAAAUACAGAUAAUAUAAAAACUACUACAUUGAAGUCUAUUUUUGCCUUCUUAUAGAUAGAUAUUUUUAUCUUAUUCAGUCAUCUCAGAGCAUUGUUAGUGGUACAUUCUUACCUUAAAGACUAGUGUUCCUAAUAAUUAAUUAAAAAAUUAUAUAUAUAUAUAUUUAAAUGACUAGUGUUCCUAAACUGAGGCUCAUAGAUGAGGUUCAAGAGCCCCCAAAUUCCCUGGAGUUAUAUACAUCAUGUAUGAAUGCACAUGGGUAUUUUUCUGACAGGAGUGUCCAAAGAUUUAAUCAGAUUUUUAAGGGAUGAAUGGCUUUAAAAGAGUUCCGUUUAAUCUCAGAAGGAUGUAAACUAAAAGCCAUUUGAUAUUAAUUCAAAUCAACAAAACAUUAAUAAGUUAGGACUGCAGACAUACUGGGAACCUUGAAAUAAAAUGACACAUGAGGACCCACCCCUUUGCCCCACAGCCUCUUCACUCUGACUACACAAACAUCUCCUGGACUGCAAAGGGGACAUAAUCCUGCUGCACACUGAUCAUCUGAUCUUUUUGGGGACUGUUUUUAAUGUAUCAACUAGGAAAUAUUUAGCACCUAAUUUACCAAGACCAACUUAAUAAAACUGUAAAAAAAGCUGGUAAGAAUAGAUCACCUACAGAGAAGAAAGAAUUCGAGGGAUAUCGGUGGUGGCCGUCUCUUUGUCUGCCUCUCACGUUCCACAGUAUUCUUACUCGGUCCUUGUUUUGUGAACCAAGAUUCAUAACUCUCAAUUGCAAUUUCGACAAUACAGUCAGGAAACAUUUUCAAAGAUGUGAAGGAAACAUUUCCUCAAUGGAAUCCAAGAAAUUUCCCAGCCAGAGCACAUACAUUCACAUAUCUUUAUUUUUCUGCCCACCUUUCUCCUCUGUGCAGUGAGAGAGGGGCCGCGGCCGGGGCCUGCGAGCGGCGACGAGGCGGGAGGGGCCCGCGGGGCCGGUGGGCAGCCACACGUACGGGGUCCGGGGUCCUCCUCCUGCUGGGAAAAGAACCCACGGUGUGCGCCCCUUGGUACCACCCACCUCCCGUCGGCCUUUCUUCAGUCUCACCAAAUUCAUGGCGCACUGGCCCAAAGCCGGGAAACUCCUCCUCCCGGAGCAACAUUGAGCAAAUUAGUUAAAUUCAACUUAAAGAGUUAAAUUUAAGAGACCUUUGCGGAGGCCUGAGUUGGGUAUCUGAUGCCAGCUGCUCCUGGAGCCAAAUUUUAAGAGUUCCCUAUGGUCGUCAGAGGCACUCUUAGCAAUAGGCGGCUGUCCUUUCAUUCUCUGAGGAGUUUAUCCAAAGCAUAUAAAAAUUCUGGGCACGAAGGAAGCCGUUUGAGGUGAAUUAUCCCAAAAGUUAUAACCGGACGGAUCUGUACCACUUUGGUUGCUUUACUGGCAAAGUCUUAUAGGUUGAAAGACUGCCCUUUGUGAAUGUAGACUGAUGGCCUGAUUAUUUGGGCCCUGGUGUCUAAUAGGACCUACUUUUUGGUUUGAAUUGACCAAUCUGGCUUUUAGCCAAGGAACACCCAAGCACUCUACAACAGACCCUAAUAAAAGUGUGUGCCCCUGGGGUCCUGCCCCUCUGUCUACACUCUGCCUUGACCUCCCCAUGCAGCUUUUUGAGGUGUGUGUCCCCUUGAGGUCCCUGGAGGCCAUGUACUCCUCUCCAAGAGUUGUGCAAGUAGUAAGUAUCUCUAUUUCAAUUUCUCUAUGGUUCCUUGUGAAACCUUUGCUCACCAUCUGGCACCCAGUGUUCCACUUAACAAAUAUUAAUUUAGCAAAGCGAUAACAGGUAUACAGCUUGAUUAGAUAUUUGGGUUAGCACUAGGGAAAAAGGCAUCAAGAAGCCUGUUUUUGUUUUAUGCUUCCAAUGUGUGCAUUUUUCCAGGCAAAUUUGUCUUUGAAUUCCUGGGGUAAAUCCAAUCUUCCCCUGAAAAUACCACAUCUUAACAAAGUAUUUUUUCCUAUUGAUGUAUCUGUAAACAUAAAAUGGUACAGCUGAAUACUGUUAUAUGGGGAUACAUAUUUGGAAAUUGUAUUAAUAAUUUUAUACUCGAUAUCAACAAUACUUAACUUACUGCUCUAUGUUUUUCUCUGAUAACUAGAAAAAUUUUGAGAUAUUUAUAAAGGAAUUAUUUUUCCUUCUGUAGGUUCUUCUAAUGGUUCUCUUCAUGUCAUUAUCCUUCAGUUUAUUUUAAUUUACUAUUGAAUAAAAUGCAGAAUGGUAAUGAAGGCAGGUAAGAUAGAAUGAGGGGCUUUUUAAUUUGGCUAGUAAUUCUUUUCCCCUGGGAAUUACAAACAUUCUUCCCAUUUGGUUUGAGCUACUUUGAAGUGUUUUACUUCUUUUUCCAGCUUCAUUGAAGUAUAAUUGACAAUUUAAAAUCGUGCAUAUUUAAGGUGUAUGACUGCAUGACUUGAUACACAUGCAUGUUGUGAAAUAUCCACAACUAAGUGAAUAAACAUAACUUUGUUAACAUAA